AUGUCGUCGUCUGCCCCCGCCGAACGCGCACCGUCGAAGCGCCAACAGGCCGCGAGAGAGGUCGUCGAUAUCCUACACGAGAUCUCGACGCUGCUCAAUACACACCUCGACAGGAACGCUCUCUCGCUGUGCGUAUCGCUUGUUGAGAAUGGGGUUAAUCCUGAGGCGUUGGCUACUGUAAUCAAAGAGCUUAGGCGCGAGAGCGAGGGACUCAGGGACGCGCCGGAGGCGAUGGAUGUGGAUGGAUAG